AUGGAGUCCAGUCUGAAGAUACCCUUGUCGUACUCGUUGUGGUCUCCCCAUGACACCGUCAAAGAUGCUGCGGAGCUGCUCAGUAUCAAUUUGCCAGAGGAGGCAGCCAAGAAUCUUGCCAUGGAUGUCGAGUACCGUAUCCAUGAAAUCUUGGAAACAGCCAUUAAAUUCAUGAGACACUCGAAAAGAAAGUUGCUCAUGACUUCAGACAUAAGUAACGCCUUAAAAGUAUUGAAUAUUGAGCCCCUUUAUGGCUACGACAAUUCGCAACCGUUGGUUUUCAAGGAAGCCUUGGUUGGUGCUGGAGGACAGACUUUGUAUUAUAUAGAUGAUAAUGAGAUUGAACUUGAAAAGUUGAUCAACCAGGAAUUACCAAAAGUGCCUCGUCAAACCACCUUUACUGCUCAUUGGCUUGCUAUUGAAGGAGUCCAACCAAUGGUGGCGCAGAAUCCUCUUCCUGCCGAAAUCAAGAGUCUCCCUCCGAUAAUAAGAGGUGCCACUUCGUCCAUUCUUGGAAACGAUAUUUUAUCGCUUGGCCAAAACGGCGAAAACAAGGACUCAGCACAAGGAUCUGCUGCUACCAAAGACAAGAAGGCCACCGAGAAGCAAUCAGAAGUCAAGCCGUUGGUCAAACACGUAUUGUCGAAGGAACUCAAGUUGUAUUUUGACAAGGUUGUAGAAGUUCUCAUUUCGACAGAUCCAGAAAAGGAGAACUUGAAGGUAGCUGCCUUGAACUCGUUGAAGAAUGACCCGGGUUUGCACCAGUUGGUGCCUUAUUUCAUCCAAUUCGUGGCCGAACAGAUCACAAACCAGUUGAGGAACAUUGAUAUCUUGUCCACAAUGUUGGAAGUGAUUUCUGCUCUCGCUGAUAACAAGACUAUUUUCCUCGAUCCUUAUGUCCAUGCUCUUAUGCCUUGUAUCUUGACGUUGUUAUUGGCUAAGAGAAUAGGUCCUGUGAUCAGAGAAACCUCCUCCAAAGAGUCUCAGGACACGUUGAAAACACAAUUGGCCGUUAGAGAAUUCGCUGCCUUUUUGCUAGAACACAUUAUCAAGGUUUACGGCUCUUCGUACUCGACUUUGAGACCCAGAGUGACAAGAACGUUAUUGCGUGCGUUGUUAGAUUCUACAAAACCAGUAGGUACGCAUUAUGGUGCCCUUUUGGGGUUGAAGAAUAUGGGCACAGAAGUUGUCAAGUUGGUCUUGAUAGGCAACUUGAAAGUUUGGUGCAAGCUGGUAGUUGAGAACAGCGAUAAGACCGACUUUGAAAAGGAUAUCUUGCUAAAUGAAUCGCUAGAAAUUUUGGAUAGCCUUAAAGUGGAAUUACCCCAAGAUGAAGAGUCUAUGGAUACAGACUCCGGGUUUUCAGAAGAAAUUAAGAACAAGUUGAAAGACAGGAUUGGUGAUACUCUCGCCGACUUAGUUUUGCAACACAGGGAUGCAAAAGACAUUGUCAGAGGUCUAUUCUUUGGCGAAGUUGUCGUCUAGAACGUGUACAACAAUUCAAAAUAAUGAUGUAUAUUAAUGUAUGAAUAGUAACUAUU